UCACAUGACUACAAUUAUAAAGAUGACAGUAUAGUGCAACGAGUGCAACCGGCUGUCAAUUGGAGAUCGCUAUUCCCGCGAGAUGUAUUUCGACGAAAUUAUUUGAAUAAUUUAUUUGAAUAUCUGAAAAUUGCAUAUUGCAAUCAAAUUAUAAUUUACAAUGAUGUCUACAAGAUACGUGUCGUUUCUCUCGGGAAUAGUGAUAGCUUCUCUGACGUGGGCGUUUAGCCUGUAUCUUUAUUCAAGAUUGUCACAAAACACCAUCACUGCUAAUCCCACAAUGCUAUCACCUGGCAUUUAUAUUCGUGGAGAAAACAAUGACAAAGAGUUUAUGUUACGUGACAAUGUCGUCAUUCCUCGCGAUGAAGCUUUAGUCGGUAAAAAAGCCUAUAACUUGAAGAGCAAUAAAGAUUACAGGAGCAAUGAAUUACUUCUGCAGCAGUUGCAACCUGUUCCAGUGAAGCCUGCGGUAACCUUAGAUCAAGAUUUGGAUGAAUUAGGCAUGGUGAAAAAUCUGGAAGAUCAAAGAAAGAGAGACGAGGGAUACAAAAAUUAUGCCUUCAAUGUUCUGAUAUCAGACAAUCUUAGCAUAAGAAGAAAUAUACCGGAUACCAGGCAUAAGUUAUGUCGGGCACAAAAAUAUCCUGCCAAUCUGCCAAAUGCUAGUAUAAUUAUUUGUUUCUACAAUGAGCAUUACACGACGUUAUUGAGAUCUUUACACUCUGUGAUGGAGAGAACACCGGUGACGCUACUACAUGAGAUUAUUCUGGUGAACGAUUACAGUGACAGCAGUGUGUUACAUGAAAAGCUAAAAGUAUAUAUUAAGAACAAUUUUGACGCUAGAGUGCGAUUAUUUAAGACGGACAAGAGAGAAGGUUUGAUCAGAGCGCGAGUGUUCGGAGCGAGAAAAGCAACCGGCGAAGUUUUAGUCUUUUUGGAUAGUCAUAUAGAAGUAAACGAGAUGUGGAUAGAGCCGCUUAUUUCAAGAAUUGCUUUUUCGAGGACCAUUGUAUCGAUGCCAAUAAUUGAUAUCAUAAACGCGGACACAUUCCAAUAUACUGCCAGCCCGUUGGUGAGAGGCGGGUUUAACUGGGGCCUUCACUUUAAAUGGGAUAAUCUGCCGAUUGGAACAUUAAAACACGACGAUGAUUUUGUAAAGCCUAUCAAAUCGCCAACAAUGGCCGGAGGAUUAUUCGCUAUUGACAGAGAAUAUUUUACAAAAAUGGGAGAAUAUGACACUGGAAUGGACGUUUGGGGUGGAGAAAAUCUUGAAAUAUCAUUUCGAAUAUGGAUGUGCGGCGGUAGUAUCGAGCUACUUCCCUGUUCACGGGUGGGCCACGUAUUUAGAAGACGACGGCCAUACGGCUCGGAUGAUCCGCACGAUACGAUGUUAAAGAAUUCCUUGCGCGUUGCGCAUGUAUGGAUGGAUGAAUACAAGGAUUACUUCUUGAAAAAUGUCAAAACAAUUAACUAUGGCGACAUUUCAGAACGAUUAGCUUUACGUCGCAAAUUAAAAUGCAAGACUUUCGACUGGUAUUUAAAAGUAGUUUAUCCCGAGUUAACACUGCCAGAUGACAAUGAAAAACGACUGAAGGAUAAAUGGGCCAAACUUGACCACAGACCGCUGCAGCCUUGGCACUCGAGAAAAAGAAAUUAUACCGAUCAAUACCAAAUUAGACUUUCAAAUUCUGUACUUUGCAUUCAGAGCGAAAAGGACAUCAAAACUAAAGGCUCAAAACUUUUCUUGAUGCCUUGUUUAAGAAUUAAAUCACAGAUGUGGUACGAGACGGAUAAAAACGAACUAGUGCUUGGCCAAAUGCUUUGCAUGGAAGGAGCCGAGAAGAUACCGAAGCUUGGAAAGUGUCACGAAAUGCGUGGAAAUCAGGAUUGGCGUCAUAAGCGUAUUAGUGAUACACCUAUCUACAACAUGGCAGCAGGAACUUGCUUAGGAGUGAUUCGUGAUGCAAGGAAUGCUCAGGUUAUCAUGGAUUUAUGCACAAAAUUAAACACUUCGCUGAUAACCUGGGAUCUUAUCCGUUCAAAAAUUCCAUCGAAAGAAAUUAGAUGACGUAAAAAGAAGGGGCGUAAAAAUAGAAAGAAUAACUAUGAAGAUUGGCUUGGAAGGAAAUGGUAGAUAAGUUGUAUAUAUCUCACAUACACAUGAUUAUAAUUAGAUAUAGAAUAUUCCAUAUUUCAUAUGCAUAUCUCGAAUUUUAAUUAUACUAGAAACAAUAAGAAACUAUCUAAGCAUAACUCUAAAACAAUUGAAAGUAUUAUAAAUGUAUAGUAAGAACAAUUAUAUAAAAUAUUGAAUAUCUGUU